UUAGUUCCAAUCUACGUAUUCAUUCCAACCCGGAAUCGACGCUUCCUGUUGUCUCCAAUCAUACGUCACUUCAUUAAACGUCUUCCCAUUUGUGUAAUUUUUUUUUCUGAACAACCAAACGUCUUAAGCGUCCCAAAUACAGUGACACAAUUUCAAUCCCGGAGCAGAAAGAUGGCGGCCAAUGGCCAUUUCAAAUCCGUCGACCCGGCUGCGCAUGGCGCGAUCCAUGCCCCACUGGGUGACCCAACAACAACAACGAGAAGGAAGCCAGACGCCGCGACGUCCACCGACCCCCCCGAGGAGUCCUCCGCCGUCGCUGACAGGCGACUGCGGUGAUCCGGAUUACGAGGUUAUCGAGUUUCCACCCCGCGGACAAAAUUCUCGAAAUACGACAGUCCCACAGUCCCAAAUUCAAAAAGUACCUCCAGCCCUCACUAUCUCAAACCAAUCAGGCAAGUGCGGCCUGUGCGGCUCGGAUAAUAUAUUCGCCAGAUGCGACACCUGCAAGGAAAACUAUUGCGAGGCUUGUGACGAUAUGAAUCACAAGCAUCCGAAGCGACGCGGACACGUCAGGAGACGAGUUUUCAGCAGUUUGGCCAACGUGACGAGGCCGCCGUUACCGCCCAAAGGUGAAAAUCUGGUGACGCCGCCGGUGCCGCCACCACGAAGGAAUCGCAGAACUACUCAGGCAAAAGCGAUGUUAAAGCAAGGAUCAGCGGAUUUUCCGAUGGUCGAGAAACUGGGAAGUAACGUGAGAACCAGCCCAAAUUUGGCCAGGCCAUUGCCGUCUACUCCGGAAGGAACAAUGCACGCAUCGCGAUCGACCCAAUCACUGAACGCAGCUUCCAUGGAUGGGUCAGGAUCAGGAUCAGGAGCUGAUAAAAUGUCAACACUUCAGGAAAGAUAUCGAAAAUAUCAGGAAGCAAUGAGAGCACAGGAUGUGAAUAGACGUAGGCAUACGCAUGCUGAUAUCUCCAAGGACGUACCCAGGGACGUCAUGCAGAAUCCUAGACCGGCCAGUCUUCAUAGUCCUGGACCUGGUCUAGGUACACCUUCUAAGCCACCACCUCCACCUCCCAGAAGUAUGACACAAUCAGCAAGUGUUUGUGAUCUAUCAGCAGCGCAUAUGUGGAAUUAUCCUGGGAUUCAUCAGGCACAGUCCAUGGCACAUCUUGGUCCCGGUGGGAUGCCUAUGAUGUGGUACCCUUCAGCAAGUCCUUGGGACGCUCCUUUGGGUGGGUCGACGUUGAGUCUACAUCAUCCACCAGUUUGGGGUUAUCCUAUGGGGUAUCAUCCGUCCCAGAUGCUGCCUCCUCACUACCCAGGAACAUUGUCGCGGGCUCAUAGUCCUGCUAGGAGUUUGAAAUCUAGUAGAAGAUCCAGGGCUGCUUCGCCAUCGCCGAGCCUGAAGUCUAGAAAAUCAGUGGCGUCCAGGUCCAGGUCCAGGAGGUCACCAGGGUCACCGUCUGAUGCGAGCUCUGAGAAUUCGGAGGAAUCAGACUUUGAUGAUCGGCUGUCUCGUGGGUCUAGGAGCAUGAGACGAGGUAGUCUGACCAGGAGCAGACCUAGAGUGUAUCAGGAUGAUGAAGGGACUAGGACUCUUCCUAGCAGGAGUCAUCAAAGUAAAUGGAGGUCCGAGGACAGAAUCCACAAUCUGGAUGAUCGACGAUCUGAGAUUCGACCUAGUAGACAGGAUUCUAUGUCCUCUAGGAAUUUUGACUCGGAUGACCUUGAAAGGAACUCACUGACCUCUAGGCAAAGAUUGGAAUCGGACGAUGACAGACGAGCCAGGAAGAUCCACGAGGAUCAAAGGUCAAAUCAAUCCCAAAGAGAGGUCAAGGCUCAAAAUGGAAAUUCUCGAAGUCGACGAAGACAGAGUACGGAUGAAGAUGGUUCGGAUCGAAGAUCUAACUUUGCCAGGACACGUCCCAAGCUCAACAGCUCUUCCGACGACUACGUAGAUCAUGACAGAUCAUCUUUACCCAGAAGCGUCAGGCGGGACAACGAAAUAGACAAGAGAAAAACGUUGACAAGAAGAAGCACCCUGAACUCCGAAUCGGACGACCUGGACCACGCUGACAAAAGAACCUUAAGAAGCCCCAGGAGAUCGUCCUUCGAGUCGGACAGUCUGGAUUCCAAGUUCAGUCCCAAAACUCCUGAAAAAAUUCGACCUCAAGUUUGGGAAGAAUCCCAUUCAGAUUUAAAGCCAUUAGAAAAAAACCCUGAACAAAAACAACCUCAAAUUUCUUCACCUGCCCAAGACACCUAUCAAGGAUUCAGGCUUGAGACCUCACAGGGUGUUCAGGGUUCAGAAGUUCAGAAACCACCUCUAAUUUUCGAACCGGUCCAAACAGCGAAACCUGAACCAAAGAAGGUCGAGGAUGUUCCAGCAAUGAAAACGGAUGUUCAGGCGGACUUGAAAUCCUUGUCAAAUGUCCUGAGCGAGGAAUGGGCCUGUGAACACUGCACGUUCAUCAAUGAGGCCAAGGACCGUGUUUGCGUUGUUUGCUGUAAAACAAGGAGCAGCGCUCUGCCACCCAGUAGUGACAACCAAUCAGGAUCAAAUUCAACCAAUCCCAGCAACGCCAGCAAUCGCAGCAAUGCAAGCAACAUCAGUGAACCCAGUCCUGACCUCGAUAAGAAGAUGAGCAACCUCAAGGUCUCGAACAGCGAGGAAAGUGGCGACAGCAGCUCAGCCAAGAAUAAAGAGUGUUCAGCCGAAGACACUGAAAUUCCAUCAACAAGUUUGAAUUCAAAAAUUUUGAUUUCUCACGGAAUUUCAACUUCUCCUCCUCCAUCGUCUGAAGUUUCUAUGAUCAGACAUAUAUCAACCUCCACUUCCCCAAUUGGAUCCCCAACUGCGUCACCGGAAAUGCCAAGGAAACACACGUCUGAGUCCACGUCACCACCUCCUCAGUCAAACGCGUCCAAAAGAAAUGAUAAGAAGACAUCCGAACCCAUUACCGUUCCCUCGUCAAAUAAAUCCAUUUCAACCGGUACGGGAACAUCCCCACCGGAAAACGAGAUGACAACGAAACUAGAGAGAUCCAUUUCAAUGAAAAGUCUAACCAGCAAAGGUACUUCGGUUUCAACCGGAACUUCACCUCCGCCUCAAAGUAUUUCAACGCAGACCUACGACAUACUUCCCUCCAGAGGAAGUGGAACGUUGAGAAGAUCUACAUCGUUGGCUGCACCCAAAGGUUUAAUGUACUAUCAGGAUAGCGAUUCGGAGGACGGAACCAGUUUCAUCAACAGUCCUGAUUUAUAUCCACGACCGGUUCAUCAUCAACAUUAUCAACACCAAUCGAAAUCAUUAUCAAGUCGUGAUUGGACCCGAAGAAACUCCAUUGACUCCCAUCAAUAUUAUCAUUCUAGGGAGCCCAGCCAGUCAAGAUACGUCGAAGCAAUUCCUAAUUCAACUUCGCAGGGUAUGUCAACUUUGACAAGGCAAGGAUUGGAAUUGGUUGAACUUUUGCGGGAAGGCGAAAGACAGGGUUUCUCAGCCGACGACGUUCAGGUUGCCUUAGCCCAGGGUGCGGCAAGUCCAAUCGAAUGGUUGAAAACCCAAUGGCCACAUUUAAUAGAAACCGUUCAGGUUUUGGUGUCGACUCAAGGGAAGGAGAAGAAUGAAAAUAAUAAUAUUGGAAUUCUUUCUCAAGCAGAGUCAAAGGACGCGCUUAGAUCGUCGAAAGGCGAAGUGUGGACAGCUGUGGCCAACGCAGUGCAACGUCGACAGCGCAAGUGUGCAGAAAUAAUGGCGAAGGGUAAUUAUCCAAUGGCUGAUGUGAUAAAAGCUCUUGAUAAUAAUGCGGGUAGCGAGGAUGCGGCUUUAUUGGAAUUGCAAAAGAAUCAAUUGAAACCUUUUUUAAUGAGAAUUUGGGGUCCGCCGGUUGGGGUGGAAAACGAGGAGGCUGCACCGCGUGAAGAUGUAGCGGGGGCGGUCGGUGGUUUAACUGGGGGUUUCGAACAGGUUCAGGAGGGGUUGGAUUCGGAAGCCAAGAAGCAGGUAAUGUCUCCCAUAGAUGAGAAUUUCGUGGCGUUGCAGGCGGACUUUCAACAGCAAUUGGCGGCCCUGAAGGAACUCACUGACAAUUGGCAGCUGGAGGUAGAACCGGUUGAUGAUGAUGCAAAUCGAAAUCAGUCGGAUUUAUUCAACAGUUUCGAUAGCAUCGUGAGCGGGGUUGUUCAUAUUGAUAAACGGAUGGUACCGAGGACCUUUCAGGAUUUUGAAAUUGAGAAAGGUACAGUCACUGUCAAAACCCAGGAAAGACAGAAUCAUGAAUCGAGACAAGACGAGAAAUACACACUAGAAUCAGCUCGGGUACUUGAGUCACCAGCGAGAACGAAGAAAGUUGAUUCUACGUUGAUAAAAAAUGUAACGUCAGACUCUUCGAAUAAUGAUUCGCGUAUUGAGUCAUCGGUUGAAAAUGAUAAAGAGACGUUGGAUUUGGCGGAAAAAAUAAAAACUGAUAAUGAGGGAGCAAUGAUUAAUGAGCAAGAACCGGUUGGAGAUUCUGAUGAAGUGAUAAGAGCUGAAGAUAAGAAAAAUGAAAAAGUUAAGGCUGCUAAAGAACCAAUGAGUGAUCGAGUGCUGAUUGAAAAAAGUGUAGAUGAGCAAGUUGAUGAUUCAAAAGUGUUUAUACCUGUAAAUGAUGGAAUUAAAUUAAAAGAUGCUAUUGCCGAAACAUUCGCGAAAACUGAAGUAAACAAGGAGAAAGACAAAAUUGGUUUUCAGCCGGAAACGCCGUUAAAAGAAAAUUUAUUCGAAAAUGAAAUCACCGUUUCUGGACCAAGUGUUGAUAAUAUUGAAGCGACAGCAGAACCCGUGAUAACUGGACAGCUCUUAAAUAUUGAUAAGAAUAAAAGUCAAAUUCCUGAGGUAUCAACUGCAUCCGGGGCAAUUGAAGUUCAAAAAGAAAUACCCGAAAAUAAUUUUGCUGUUGAAAACAUCAACUUUUCCGAGCCGAAAGAAAUUGCCAAGGAAAGUGCAGGUAGUAGUUUAGAAUCAACAACUUCAAAUUCAACUACACAAGCAAUGACAGCUGGUCCUGAAUUGAUACCAGAAUCAGCAGGAGAAAAAAGCCCAGAAACGAUCGAAACGAUUUUGAAAAAUUCGAAAAAAGUUAUUGAACCAAAAUCUGAAGAAGUUCGCACAGAAGCUAAAACUUUAAGCGGUAUUGAAGUUGUUCCACUUCAACUGAAGUCCAAUGAACAAUCAAAUAUAUCAAACAAUAACUCAACUUCUGAAAAACCAAAAACACCGCUGCCAUUAUCAGAAUCAGUUGAUUCACCUCGAUCGGAGGCUGUAGAACAACUGUUGUCAGCAGUUAAAUCACUACCGGAACAAUUACUCGGUCCAUUGGCAGCGGCACUUCAGAUGCUGUCCCCUAAAAAGACUCCGGGAAUCAAAUCUUUGUCAGAACAAAUAGACAAAGUUGUACAACAAGGAGAGCAAACAAUAAUAAAUGAAAAAGUUUCAGAAUCAAGUACAAUUUCAACUUCGAAUAAAGACAAAGAAUCAGUUGCAAAAAAUAGUGGAGAAUCAGGAGUUGAGAAUGUGACUAUAAAAAGUACAUCAUCGUUAAGCAAAGUCAAUCAAUCACCGACAGAAUUUAGGACUGAGACUGUAUCCGAUAUUAUAAAUGAAAAUGAAAUGACUAAGGUAAAGAACGUUGCAACUUCGAACGAGGUCAUUGUUGAAGAAUCUAUUGUUAAAUCAGCUGAUGAGAAAGUGGCCAUCAACCCGGCACUCAGUUCAACUGUGGAAUUGCAUCAGACAACUUCAGGCUCUACUACUGUUGAGAAAUCAUCAACUGUUGAUUCUGUUUCUAUGAUACUGAAACGACCUGUAGAGCCGGUACGUAGAAGCACUGUAGAAGCUAGCACGGUAGAGUCUCAUACGACAGAGAGUCACCUCAAUCCAAUCACAACACCUGACACCAAUCCAAUCACAGCACCUGAUACCAAUUCAAUCAGAACAUCCAACACCAAUUCAGUCACAACCGAUGACACCAAUCCGGUCACAGAGCCUGAUACCGAUCAAAUCACAACACCAGACACCAAUCCAGUCACGACACCUGACACCAAUCCAGUCACAGCUUCAAAAAGUUCAUCAGUAGACGUUCAAAAUUCUGAUGUCGUUGAAUCUACAUCUGUAAAUGUUGAAGUUGAUUCACAGAAAUCAUCCACAACUACAAUUGAUAAUGUGAACAUCAGACAACAAAAUGUUGAGGUAUCUUUAAAUACCGUCAACACAACAAAAACAGAAACGGCCACUGAUAACGCGACAGCCACUUUCACUGAACAAUCAGCAAAAUUAGAAUCGACAAAUGAUUAUAGUCAAGUGAAUUCUGAACAACCCGGAAAUGCAACGACACGAGUGAACGUUGACAAGUUGAACAACGAAGCUGUGGAUAACUUUGUAUCCAAGAGUUUGGAACUUCAUGGGAGGUUGAGUUCAGCUGAUGUUAAUGCUACAACAGAAACAACAACACAGAUGGAACCCUUGAAAACUGAACACGUAGAAAUUAAAUCCGUUAACGUCACAGCUUCACAGAUUCUCGAGUCGUCUGAAGUAAGUUCGAAGGUUGAUAACACGAUUCAAGUCAUUAACAAUUCCACGGUUGAAACUUCAGACAAAAAUUCAACAUCCACGAACAAAGUUUCACCAACAACAACAUCAAGAACACUACAAAAUACGAAUGUAGAACAAAAUGCAACUGUAGAAAAAUCAUUAAUUCUUCAUGAAAUGCAUGCGAUUGAAAAAUCAGCUAUUACGGAAGUCCCCACGAUAGAUUCGAGUUUGCCUAACAUAAAAUCAUCAACUUCUGUUCAAAACGUAGAAUCUCAUGCUUCAUCAACUAAUCAUCAUGCAUCCGCUGAUACUAAAUCUAGUAUUAUAGAUCAUUCGGUUAAUGAAUCUAAAUCGUCAGUUGAGAUUGCCCAAGAAUCAUCAUCUCUCUCCACAGAUAAAAAUCCAAGAAAGACUGUCGCUGUUGGAGAUACGUCAACAGUUAAUAAUACGGAGUCAUUAAAUGAUUCUGACAAAUUAACACAGGUCGUCGAAGCUUCUGUAGAUACUGAAUCUACGGCUGCAAAUUCUUCCGAGACAAUCGCGUCUCUCCUUAAUGAAUAUGAACCAAAAAUGUUGAUUUCUUCUGUCAUACUAAAUGUUGAUACUGUAAAACCGGAUAGUCUCGAUACAACAACAAUAGUUGAAAAUAUUGUGGAUUCUGAGGGCAAUAAAAAUUUAACUGUUGAAAUGGCUUCUGAUACUACAACAAGUUCAGAUCGAGAAUCGAAAUCGAUUGACGCGAAAUCAUUGGAACGAUCUAAAAUAGAAUCGUUAGAAUUAACUGUCGAUAAUAUUUCCUUUACAGAUACUUUGACUUCGUCGGUAACGAAGAAGUCUUUGACAAUUACUGAAUCUGGUUCAGAACAAAAUUCUACUUCUUUGAGUCAGCCUGAAACUUCUAAUCAGAAUGAGGCAAUUGUUUCUUCGAUUUCCGAUAAUCAAUCAGGCGAAGUUCCGUUGUUGGCAGAAUCAAUAAAAGAGAUUGAUGUUGCGGAUUCAGUGAGUACUGUGUCGUCGUAUGAUUCAUUCGAAUCAAUUCCAGAAAACAGUAAGGAAGUGAUUGGUAAAAUUUCGGAAAAAAUUGUUGUCACUUCCGGUGCAUCCAGUUCGCCUAAUGAAAGUAUUAAUCAGACGACGGCCAGCGAAGCAAGAGAUUCGAAAAUUAUUAGCGUGAAUAUUAAUGAUUUGAAUGAUUCGGAAGCAAAUUUGGGUUCGGUAAAAAAAGAAAUUGAUGCACAAAUCGCAAGUUCUAAUUUUGAAAAUGUAACUACGGAUAUUGUUGAAAUUACUAGUGAAGCGUCUGGUACGUUUGAAAUUAAAAUUUCGGAAUCGCCCAUGAUUGCUGUCAAUGGUUCUGCGCCAUUAUUGGAAAUCGCUAAGGCAAUAGAUAUUGAUAGUAUCAGUCAGGAUGAUAGUUCCAAUAUGAAAAAUGUAUUUGAUGAAGUACCAAAAAUUGUAGUUACUUCUGAAAAUGUCGCGUCGACUUCUACAGGUUCGGUUAAUGCAGAUUUAGCACAAGUCAAAAAAACAUUUCUUAGUAAAAGCAAUAAAAUAAUUCCGAAAACGCGUGUCAAGUUCAGGUCGAAUUCUCCAGUGAAAAAAAUUACAAGACGAAGGUCACCGGUUAAAAUUGUUAAAAAAUUUACGUCAAAAUUGAAAAGUACGAAAAUUAAUAGCGCACCUAAAAGCGGGACUUUUUCAAAAAGCAAUGAAAUCACUCAAUUAAUUGCAAGCAAAUCGGUAACGUCGAAAAAUGCUCGUGACGAAGUAAAAUCGAUAGAUACAAAAAAUAAAAAUGAGAUAAAAACUGUAAAAAUUAUAGACAAGGAUGUCAGAAUUGAUAAGCCUGUAGUUUUAAAAAAAUCCGAACAAAAGAAAACUGUUCAAAAUGAAUCUACAGAUAAAAAUCAAAAUGUACCUCCACAGAAAUCAAAAACUGAACAAAUUUCUGAAAUUAUUCGAGGUCCAACACAAGAAAAAUUAAAAUCUAGUAUAGCUGUUAUAUCCGCAAAAAAUGUAAUAAAAAAUAGCGACAACACCGUUAAAAAAUCGCAUAUGCAAAAUGAAGCAUCAACAAUUCCUCCACAAAAAUUGAAAAUUCCAAUUACCUCAAGAAUCACAAUAUUUAAAGGUAAAAAGCAAAUUCCGUCACAAACGAUUUCUGUCGCGAUUCAUCGAAAAACAGACGUGGGCACUUCCAGGCCAAUUUAUGCAUUUCCUAAAGCACUACAAAAGUCAAGAUCUGAAAUUUCGAAAAACAUCACAUCGGUAACAAUGCUAAAAAAAUUAAAAACACCAGAGAGCAAUGCUCCAAAAUCACAAUUGGAAUUACACAAAAUUGAAACCAAAAAUGUUGUAAUUAAAGAACCAACAGAAACGAAAGAAUCUGUAUUGACUGACGCAAACAAGAGCUUAAGUAGCGAAACAGAAAAAAAUACAAUACAAACUCAAAAUUUGGAUAAAAGCAACAAGAAGCCAGAUACGGAAAACAAGGAAAUAAAGAAGGCUUCAGAAGUCGAACUAUCAAAAAUUGUAUUAGAUGAAUCCAAAAGUAGUUCGGAAGACGAGGAAUCGGAAGGGACCGAAAACGAAAUUUCGGAAGAAAUUUUAGAAAAUUCAAAUGCUACAGAGUCAGAAGUAUAUUCUGAAGAGGACGAUCAAGAGAAUUCUGAAAAUGUAGAAGAGGAUAAUACCAGCUCCGAAAUUUCAAAAAUUGGUGAUGAUAUAUCGCAAAGUGUCGAAUCCGAUUCGGAUGACAACUCAAAAGUAACUGACUUAACAGACGCCGAGUAUCAGCUUCAAAAAACUUUGGAUAAAAUAAAAGCCGAAAUUUCGGAUUACGAUUCGGAAGAUACAGAAAGUGUUUCAGAAAUAAAGAGUGAAGACAAUUUAGAAACUAAUCACGCAGAAGAGCCUUUAGAACCAAAAACAGAAAUACCAGAAGCGCCUGCACAGAAUACCGAAGAAACAAAUUUGCCGGCUCCAGUAACAGAACAAAACAGCAGUGAAAAUGAAAAUUUAGAAAGAGAAUCUUCCGAAGAAGAGCCCGUAGCAAAAUCAAAAGACCAAAAAUCCAAAAACAUAAAUAUUGUUCAAAAAAAUAUUCCCGUUAAAAAUACCGAAAAAAACAUAAAAAGUCUUUCAAACUUUCCUCAAAAUUCGAAAGUCCUCGAAAUUCGAGCGAAUCUCGAAAAUAAAGCUAGAACCUCCAAAAAGUCGAAAUCCUCGACCGGAAAAUCAAACCCAAAAUCAACCGCCAUUAUCAGCGACGAAACAGAAAAAUCAAAACGACGAAACACAUUACCGUCUACAAGCGAUCAGAAGGAAAAACCAAAAAAGCGUUUCUCGUUGGUGGCCAGUUGCAUCGAACAAUUCGAGGGCGAAGUCCCGGCCGCAAAACGCAAAAAUGUCAAGGAUUGCGUUGAGAAGGAUGACAACCAUAAAAAACGGGAGGAAUCUCCCAAAAACGAGAGGGAGAGAACCGCACGUCGCUUGUUGGCCGAAGGUCGCGUCUCGAACUACGACGAAGCUGAAGUUGCAGCGAGUCUCUUGGCUCUGAAGUUUGAAGACGAAGAAGCAUUGCACGCCGCGAAGGAAUGUUCCAGUGUGGAGGCGGCUUUAGCCUUUCUACAGCAAGAGUGCGAGCUCUGCACGGGCCGUUUUGCCAUGAGUCAGAUGAUAUCCAUGCUCAGAUGCGUCCACCGUUGCUGCAACGAUUGCGCCAAAAAUUAUUUCACGAUUCAAAUAAGCGACCGCAGCAUCACGGACGCCGUCUGUCCGUACUGCAAGGAACCAGACCUCAGAGACGCCAGUGAGGACGACGUCCUGGAGUAUUUCAGCAUUCUGGAUAUCCAAUUGAAGUCUCUCCUGGACCCGCCGAUUCAUGAACUCUUUCAAAGGAAAUUAAGAGACAGGACAUUAAUGCAGGAUCCCCACUUCAAGUGGUGCGUUCAGUGCUCCAGUGGAUUUUAUGCAGAUCCACAUCAGAAGCGUCUGAUCUGUCCAGACUGUCGAUCUGUCACGUGUGCUUUCUGCCGUCAGCCUUGGGAAAAACAACACGAGGGAAUAACCUGUGAACAGUUUGCUGCUUGGAAGGAAGAAAAUGAUCCUGACAAUCAAGCAGCCGGAUUGGCUAAACACAUGGCAGACAAUGGUAUUGAUUGUCCAAAAUGCAAAUUUCGAUAUUCCUUGUCUCGUGGUGGCUGUAUGCACUUUACUUGCAGUCAGUGCAAGUACGAGUUUUGUUGCGGCUGUGGAAAAGCAUUUAUGAUGGGUGCAAAAUGCAAUAUAAGUGCGUACUGUGCAAAAUUGGGUCUUCAUGCCCAUCAUCCACGAAACUGCCUGUUUUAUCUACGGGACAAAGAACCGGCACAGCUGCAGCAACUGCUGAAAGAUAACAAAAUCGAGUAUGACGUAGAAGGCCCAGUCGGUGAACGUAAAUGCAAAGUACAGUUGCAGAAAGAGACGCCAGGUGGCGUUGUUGAUGCAGUUUGUAAUUCCGACGUCAUAGAAGGUCAUGCUGGAUUAUGCAGGAUCCAUUACGUGGAGUAUCUAGUGCGAAAGAUUCGUUCUAACAAACUGGAGCCACUUGAUCUGAUGAACGUAGACGAUCUAGAGACUUGCGUAAAACGUGCCGGUUUGAAAUUACCACCAAACUGGCAGCACUACAUUGAGUACUUGGCGGGCCUCGUACUUAAGGCCAAGCUGGACCCCGUGGCCAUCUUUGAUUUGAACGACGCGAAGCAAGAAUUGCGCCGCCGGGGAAAAGUCCCACCUGCUAAGGGUCAGGAAAUGUCCGAGCAGGAUUACCUCAAGGCGUGCAUUCAGGUAGUGCGAAAGCAGAUCCCUCUGGAAUAAGGUUGGAAUUAAAUAUUUUCGAAGAUAAUUUCGAUAUUUGAGAAGACUUAAAACGUGUGUGGCUUUAUGAUCUAUUUAUUUUAUUUAUAAAAUAUUAUAUAGAGAACAUAUUUUAAGAAAGAAUCAACGAGGGAUAUAAACAUAUGUAUAUCUUUAA